AUGUCCCCUCGAGCUCUGGAAUCCCGGCACUCCAUAGAAUCCUGCACUUUACACCUUCACAGCUGGAGACCCUUCCAGCUUCCUCCCGUCACUAUUCCCAAAACCCUAGACUCUGAUUCUUCGAAACCCUACUCCUCCGCCACCGCCACCGCCACCGCCGCCGGUAAUGUCUUCCGAAGCAAGCGCCCCUGCCGCGCCGAUCGUCGGACGUCAUCCUCUUUUGCAAUUGAAUCGCUCGACAUGUCCAGGCUGAGCUUGUUCGACGAUGAUCGCGCUUUGUCAUCGGCCUCUGCGGUAAACAAGCAGCGCGACGGUAUGCGGUGGUUCGCCAGGAAGCGCCGCCGUCGUGGGUCUAGGUCGGUUUCGGGGAGGAGUAGUGAUCGGAGCGGGACUCAUCGCCGCCGUUGCUGCUCCGUUGGGGCGUCUGUGGCGUAUGGUACUUGCUCUGAUUUUCCGAUGGUGACCGGGGGGACUGAUUCGAGCGGGGAGCUUUUUGUGAACGGGGAUUCCAAUUGGUCGUCGGACGUUAGUGAGGCAGCCAGGAAUAAUAACAAUGGUGUAACCAGGAGGGAAAGGGAUAACGCAGCGAGUGGCGAGAAAGAGAAUAUCAGUUCUGGGUUUGGGAACAAUGGGAAUUUCGACAACCAGGGCGGCCAGGGGAAUGAAUCUGGUUAUGGCAGUGAACCGGGUUAUCGAGGCGAUGCUGAAUUUGGGUAUGGCGAUGAGUUUGAUGAGGAAGAGGAUGAUCCACGUCUUCCCUUCUGGGGGGAGCAAUUUGGAGAUUCGAUUUCCAAAUUGGAGAGGGUCGGAGAGAACACACUGCAGAAGACUCAUCAUAGAUGUCGACGUAAGAAACAUGAUUUGAGAAUGAUUGACGCUUUGAGGGCCACUUCAAACAAUGCUUUGCCAAGUCCAAAUCGCGCUGUAAACAUUGUGCGGAGGACAACUUCUGACAAUGACAUUGAUGCUGCUGGGAUUCUUGGGAAUGAUCAACUUACCAAUGCUGUUCAUGGUGGGUUUUUUUACCCAUGA